UAAUACCCACAAAUGGCGUCCGUUGUGCACAUGGUCGAGACCUCCGACAUCGCUCCUUGACUGUUUCGGAUUAUUUUCUAAGAGUUUACGUUUUUCUUUCGGUGGUUUUGGAGGGUGCAGGAACAUUACGAUAUCUCUGGGGUGUGCAGACGGCGGAGAUUGUAAAUAGCAAGUGUACAUAGGUGUGAUAGGCCUGAGGGGGUGAUUUAGUUAAGGUCUGCAGGGGAAAAUAGCCAUUUUCGUCAGAAUCUGACCGGCGGGAAUAAACUUGAAUCAUGAGUUCCGGUAAUAAAUCGUUGGUGUCCUCCGGUGGGAGAGGCACCAACAAGAAUAAAUCAUCUCAGCAGCAUGGCAAAUCCGAUCAGCAUCAUUCGAAGAUCACAGACACUGCUAAACAUGACAAAGGACAGUCGAAGGAUCAAUCGAAGCAUGCACAAAUAAUCGACACCCGAUCGGGGAUGAGCGAGGACCCAGCGGUUAAAGAACGAAUAAAGCAAGCAAUGGAGGUGACCCGUCGUACUGAAGACCAGGUGAUAAUGGCCCUCCACGACAGUGACUGGGACUUCGAUCGUGCUGUGAACGAUCUCCUCGAGGGUGUAUCAGCCGAGUGGGAAGUGAAGAAGAAGAAAGCCCGCCAGCCAGGUGGUUCAAAGCCCACUACUGAUCAGUCGACCGAUCACGAGGAGACAGGCGACUGGGAGGAGCGGCGUAAUCAGCGUGGUGGUGGCCCACCACGUCUGAGGGGUCGUGCCAAUCACGACAAUCGUGGCUGGCGUGGACGAGAGAACAAGGAGAACGAGCGCAAUAUGGAGGAUAAUGUGCGUGAGGGUGGUUACAGUGGUGGUAGACGCGGUGGCCGAGGUGGCCCAGGAAGAUCAGGUCGCGGUGGUCGUGGUGGUGGCCGAGGUCUAGGACCCCGCACUUUCGCCAAUCGUGAUUCAGCCUCAUCCUCAGCUGCUCACAGCUUCAGUCGUCCAAUUGACACCUGGACGGGCAGUGAGGAGCAGCAGCAGAGUAACCAGGAGCCCAAGAUCGAUCCCUGGAGCAAUCUUGAGCCCUCUGAAGACUGGGAAGCUGAGGAGUACACUGGUUCCCUUGCUGACACCAAGGUUUUCACACCGAGUACAGCAAUGGGCGAUCAGCCAGCCGAGGAGAGCAAAACAGACCAGCCCCUUGGCUCUCAGCCCAUUCAACAUCCAGCGAUUGGCAUCACUGAGGAUCCCAAAUUGGAGGCACCUCUCAUUCAACAAGCACCAGCCCUCAUUCAAUCCCAAUCUCAGGGCCAACAGCCUCAAGUCCUCCGUAUUCCUGAUCUCCAAAUGUCCCAAGCCAGCACCGUUGGCGGUGGUGUACUAACAGCAGCUCAGAGCCAGUAUCUCACGCAAUUGACUCAACAAUCGUCUGAGAACUACAAGACUCCAUCGGCGUUCAGCUCUAUCGGAAUAACGAGCCAGUCUCAACGACCGGCUAAGCAACGUCCACGUGUUCCACCUCCCUCGAAGAUACCAUCGAGCGCUGUUGAAAUGCCUGGGGAUGUUAAUAGUAGUAUAGGCUUUCUAGACGUGCAAUUCGGUGCAAUGGAGUUUGGCAGCGACACAGGGAAUAUCGAUAGCACAACAACUGAUAAGUAUAAUUCAUCGGGGACUAGUAUUACCGGCAUUGAUGUGACUUCCAGUGUUCCGUCGACGGGAGUUAAUUCAAUGACAAAUUCAAAUUCAUUGGAAAUUGACACAGCACAACAGAGCAGUUACAAUGCAUCAUCUCAGAUUGUUCCAUCACCAAAUAAUCCCAGCGUUGGUUACGGUAACAGCGGGGCUGCUACUACGACGUAUUCACAGAAGAAUUCUUAUCAGUCUACCAAUACACCGAGCUACAACUAUACCUCCAGUGCUACGCAGUCUGGACAGUCAUCUUAUCCAUCGUCAACUGGUGGCAGCAAUAAUUACACCACGACGACAACGCAAUCUGGCUACAGUGGCAGUUCAUCCUAUCCACAGAGCAAUCCUUCUACAUUUAGUCAAGCAUCACCAUCGGCUCCAUCGUCGUCGAGCACUUCUGCGUACAAUCAAACAGCUAGCUCCAAUCAGACUUAUCAGUCGAACAGCUUUGUCCCGACUACCACUGGACAGUAUCAGUCUACCACCCAGUCUACUAAUGCUGGCUCCAAUAACAGCUAUCAGGGCGGAAGCUAUCAAAGCUCUUCUAGCUUUCAGAGCACUCCACAGGCCUAUCCGCCAUCUGGUACUAAUUUCACGUCGCCGAUCACUCAGGGCAGCAGUAGUGCUUAUCAGAGUGCGCAUUCGUCGCAGGUAUACGGUGGUUACGGAAAUUACAGUACUCAGCCCCAAGCGACUUCCCACAAUCACACAAAAUUGAACAGUGGCUCGAGCAAGGAUUCGCAGUAUGAUAACAAUGCAACAACGAGCAGUGGAUCCCUUGCGACGACAAGUGCCCCGUCUUUGGGUCUAUCAUCCGCCUCGGUCAAUAGUUCCCAGACUAAAGUGACGAGUUCAAAUGCAGUGCCAAAAAGUACAUCCAGUGGCAGUGCGGUAUCGGGUGCCAGUGGAACGGGAAGCAUAACAGGAAGUGGGGCAGGUGCAGCUGGCAGUAUGACACCGAUGCUAGGCCAUCAGUAUAUUAUGGGACAAGGUGUACCUUAUGCCUUCCAACAGCACAUGUACAGUUACGAGGAUCUCCAACUUAUGCAGCAAAGAAUACCGCACAUGCCAACUACUGGUUACUAUGACGCGGCACUUGGCUAUCAGACGACUGGUCCAGCAACGAGCCUAGGCGGUGGACGGAGUGAUGCAUUAUCCGGUGUUCAGGGUGUUCAAGGGGUUCAGGGGGUCCAGGGUGCCUACACCAGUAUGAGCGACGGAAGGUUUGCGAGAAAUGACAGCAAUGCAUCGCCGGUGCCAUCGACCAUGUCGCAGCAGACCGCGUCGCAGCAUCAGCAACCGAUGAUGAACCCAACACUGCCUCCCGGCUAUGCGUACUUUGCAUACGGUGGUGGAAUAAUGCCAGGAAGCUUCCAGGCUUAUGGUGGACCACCAAUCUAUCCUCAAAUAGCAACUGCUGGCAAUGCUGGAACGAAUAGUGGGGCGUACAAUGCUAAACCUGGCAGUUACGGCUCUGGAUAUGGGGGUGGAGCAAGUUAUGAUACACUAGCCAAUGCUGGUCCAACUGCCGACUAUAAGGGGGCUGGCAGUGGCUACACUGGGACUCAAAGUGGAAAGACUGGAUCGUCCACAGGGAAUAGCAAUUCUGGGGCGUCUUCUGCUACUGAUAUUGGCGCUAACAUGUACGCUAAGAGUCAUGUGGCAUUGAGUAAAGUCAAUUCGUACGACAAACAGGCUUUCCAUUCGGCAACGCCACCACCAUUCGGCUUGACGGGUAGCCAGAGUGCUGGUAUGCCAGGUGGUUACGGUGGUCCACACUUAUUCAUCUCAACGAUGCCACACCAGUUGCAUCAGCCACUUCAUCAGGACGGUGGCAGUAGUUCUGGACAGAGAUCCAACGCAAGCUCUCAGAAUAAGGCGCAGGCAAAGCCUGGCUACAGUUCAACCUACUGGACAGCUGGUAAUUAAAGCCACACGAGGAAAAUUCAAUGUAACUGAUGGAGUGGUACAAUUAACCCACGAUUCGAUAUUUAAAAAAUUGAAAAUAAUUGAUCGAAUCGGUGGGUUUUUUGCGGAAUGGAGGACACAUAAUACACAAAAAAAAUUAAGUGGGCGGACAUGUAUACACAUUUAUUAUUAAAUAGAUUGAGAAAGGGAUUGAAGUGAUGAGAACCCGCUCGAAUACACUCGAAAUCAGGAUGGUAUUUUUCCUUUGUCUUCUUGUUUUUUUUUUUUUAAAUAAAUUAAUUACCCUUUAUUUCCCUCGCGUUGUGGAAAAUUCAGGCAUAACUCGGCGUUGAGCGUGUCUAGAGACAGGUAAUAAAUAUUUAAAAUCCUGGGAGAUUUUGAAAAUGGAUUAAUAAUUAUUGAAAUGUUUUCCAUUUUUAAACGUUAGUAAAUCAUUCACAAAUAAUGAAAAUUCUUUUACGAUGACUGCGUUGGUUACAUCAGCAGGAGGUUUUGCUUUUUAUUCAAUUAAAAAAUUAGGUGAAAAUUUAAUUUUCAAUCAACACAUCUCUUCGGUUUUUCUGUUGAAGAUGAAACAAAAAAUUGUUUCCUCGCGCUGAUCCAAUGCGUACUGAAUAAAUAAAUUAAGUAUUCCUUCGAUUUUACAAAUCACCUUUUCAUGAAAAAAUCCCACCCCCUUCUCCUUGUAACGAAUUACUUAACCACCCAAUUCUAUUUUUAUUAAUCGUACAAUAGUAAUCAUUAAAUGUCUAUCAAAUUUUCUUUCCCAUAAGUGCAUUUCUCCACUAUUUUUUUUUUGUUUUAUUUUUUCAUUUUAAGAAAUAAAGUAGCCUUCAAUUGAAAUGAUAACCAAAGCUAACGAAUCAAGUAUACAUUACAGAGUGUAAUUAAAAUUUUCCAAGAAAUUAAGAACAAUUAUAAACACAAAAUGCUUGGCUUAUCACAAGGAAAUUCACAGACUAUCUACGCUUUAUUUCAUUCAUUAUUUUUUUUUCUACUCAUUAUCAUAAAUAGAAGCCGAAGGUCCUGUGUACUUGUAAACUUGUAUCUUUCUUUUAAUUUGUUCUGUAAACAAUAAAAAACAUGUGAGAAAAACAAAGCAAGAGAGGAAUAAGAAAAAUUCAUUCAGAUUAUUGAUCAUCGCGAGGUGAAAAGUAGGAAGAUAUCUUGUUGAGCUAAUUUCAUUAUAUUUUUUAAUUGAUUAAGAGAAUAUAUCGAAAUGAUGGGAGAUUUAUUGGUUUGGCAUUGCCUGAGACACGUGUGAGCGCAUUAGUCACAGAGCUUCAUUCGUUAUUAUUUUCUUUCUCAUAAUGAGGUAAUAGUGCCCCUGGAAAUUAGUGUAAUUAGUUUAAGAUGAGAGUUAUCUCGAUAAAUUCGUCGCACUUUGAAAGGUAAAUACGAGAUUUCUUUCCCCCCAAGUGUUUUUCUGUUUCAUAAAUAUUUCCACUCGUGGUAUUUAUUGAAUAUGGGGAAGAAUGGUGUACUUAUCAGGUGCAACGAUGAUCGAGCCCCCCAUCGUGCCCACAUACUUCUGAACAUUUAUAAAUAUUCAUUACAUCAACAAAAAUGAUUUUGUAGAAGGAGACAUUUUUUUGAGAGGAAUCUGCAGUGAAAUUGCCUUUUGUUAAAUAUCGAUAACAAUUACGAAUGACGGUGAAAAAUAUAUAAAUGCAAAGUCGAAGUCGCCCAUUUGUUUGAUAAGAUAAAAAAAAUCCGAAAAAAUAUAGUCUGUAAUAUUUAUAAUUUUUUUUAUUGAUUCGUUACAAAUGGCGAAAAAUUGAAAAAUAAAAAAUGAGAAUUUUAUAACAAUAAUUCGUAAUUGUCAGCUAUAUUGUUUCAAAAUUCGAUUCAUUUCACUGUUUUCUGAAUAUCUGGCGUCUGGGAAACAAAAUUGAAAAAAAAAAUUUUUAGCAUUUUACGAGCUUCUAACUUUGAAAUUUCCCUGGAGUCUUCUCUCAAUGAGAGUAAAUAUUCGAUAAUUAAUGGAAAUCAAAGUCAUAUGGGGGGAGGGGGGGUACUUCACACGUAGCUUGAAGGACUGUAGAGAGAAUGAAAAGAAAAUUAAGGAGAAGACAGUUUUUUCUCGUUUUAGACGAUACCCUUACAUUUUUUUAUUAGGUGAGAAGGAAAAAAUCACAAUACAUAAAAUAUAGGAAUAAUGUUUAAUCACGAUCGUUGAGUACGUGAUUGAUCCCUCGGGAGGGGAGGUAUAUAAUAAAUGUAAGUGUACGAUGAGGUAAAAAGUAAUGGAAAAAAAGUAAAAAAAUAUAUACGAUAAUAAUUGAAUGAAAAAAAAAUUAAUGAAAAGUGCAAGUUCAGUAUAUAAGAAUAGAAGACAUAAGAGAGUAGGUGAACAGACAAAUGAAAGAGAGUCGAGCGGGGUGAUUUGUUCUCAUACUGAUUGUCAUAUACCUUAAUAAUUUUUGUAUUUUUGUCAAACAAUAUUAACCGAUAAAAAAUGAAAAUAAAUGAAAAUCGAUCGAAAGUGCAAAAUGCAUUACGCCACUAUUGCUAAACUACUAUAUGAUUAUUAAUUAAUAUAAUAGCGAAAGAAAAAAAACUACUGUGUAUAAAUAUGAAUAUCUCGGAAUAAAUGUACUGAAAUAAU